UCAGAGAAGCCUGAGAAGUGAAAGAGGCGGAUCAACAGGCAGCUUGACAAUUUGCUGCAUUCUGUGCUACACAUUCUGACGUGUGGAGAGUCUGCGGAGGCUGGAAAUGACUUUUUGCGUACUUUUCAACCCAUACAACUCACUGUCAUGUGGAUGUACUUCAGCCACCUUCUGCUGCUGAUACACUCGCCAUGGCAGCUCUAUCAGCACAGUGUGUAGGGAGGCUGUUUGAGCAGGAAUAUCAGGAACUAAAAUGAAAACAACGUUCUGCCUGAGAGAACAGAAGAGAAACUCCAGCAAAGAUGAACCCAGAAUCACUGGACUCAUCCAUCCAGAGUGCCCUCUCUGCCCUCUUCCCACCUUUCGAGGCAACAGCACCCAUCGUCCUCAGCCAGUUGUUUCGCACUAUUGAGGAGCGUUACCAUGGCGAUGCACUGCAAUGCCUGCUAGACUUCCUCAUCCCCUCCAAACACCUGUUGGAGAGUGUCCAACAGGCAGCAUGUGCCGGAUACUCGGAUGUGGUUUUCCGCUGCGAGGGCUGGCCUCUUUGUCUCCAUGACAAAACUGUCAUCCAGUUAGCACCUGUAAACCCUUUGCUUCUGCGUCCUGGAGACUUCUAUCUACAGGUGGAACCUUUUGGGGACCAAGCAGCUCGCAUUGUCCUCAAAAGUCUUUUGGAAGAGGGUUGUCGAGAGGUGGAGGAGACCCCUGUGCCUGAAACGUCAUACCCCUGCAUUUUCACUGAAGAGUGGUUGCAAGACAUCAAUGAAGGACGCCAUGGAACUCCUCUGUCACGUUGCUUGCUUUGCACAGAUCAAGGAGUAAUCAAGUUGCCUUGGGCCAAAAUAGCUAUUCCAGAGUUUUUGGACAAGCCCAAGAUUAUGCCCACUUAUCGGGACACUCAGCCUGAGCCACAGAUAAUCUCAGCUCCCUUGCAUUACAAUUCCUCCACCCUGCCAGUGGAAGCCAUGAUUUUGCCUGUAAAAGACAGGUCGUCAGCGUCUUUGAGACCUGCAGGCUGUUCUUCCAAACUUGUCAAAAUGGCCCAUGAUAGACAAAUGCCCAAAUCAUGCCCCAAACCUUCAGUCAAACCUGUAGGUUGGGUUUCCCCAAAUACCUGGGACAGUCGUAACUUUGGAGAAAUUGAGGGUGAUUAUGUAGACCUGGUGGAUAUCCCCAAGGGAAAGGUCUCUGUGGAGACGCAGAGAGACAGCCAUCCAAAUCCACCUAAUAUGGCUUUGUUCAAACCUGUGAGACCACCUCCACCUGUACCCCUUGGGCACAGUGUUCCCUGUGGACGCACACUUCAGUGUACAGACAGAGUUUGUGUGCCAUGCAGCCAGACCAAUCUGGGUCAGGAGCUCACUGAUCAAGACUUGAGGUGUAGGUACAGAGACUCGUACCUAGCAGCACUGAGAAACCCGGUCCCUUUUGAGAGAGGGAGCAGAGAUCUCCUGUCUUCUCUGGAAGAAGCUGGCCUAUGUGCAGAGGCGGACCUAAUGUCCAAGGGCACAUUUGAAGCUCCAAUCGAUGAACUGGGAAGCAUUUAUAACCACUCUAAAGAGGCUGUGAUUCGUGAUAAGCUCUGCCAGUACAAACCCUGCUGUGAAUCAUCACCAGAAUCUCAGCUUAAAAACCUUCCUACAAGUUCUGAGUCUGAAAACCUUAUGAAGGAAUCGCCCACUAUUUUGAAAUCAACGCCAGGUUUGAGCCAGAGUCAGAGAAUUCAGACAAAACUUGUUUCACAACAAUUAGGACAUCAUGUCCGCUUGCAUUCAGGAUCAGACGUGUUCCUGGAGACCCGUGAUCGCGACAUGAAACCACAGCAAAAGGUGGAGGUGGUAAAACCAUCAGGGAAACACAAAGUCAAGCAGAGAUCUUUGUCCACUGUGUCAGAGACGCCUAAAGGGAGUCCACUUCUCUAUAAACUCAACAACAGGAGCCAAAGUGAUAUUUGCCCUGAAGCAAUCACCAGCGUGAUCCAGUGUAAAGGGGGUGAAAUGUUGGAUCACAUCAUUCCGAGACUGGAAAGGCUGACUGGAAAGAGUCCAAAGAAAGACUCCCAGCCAAGUCGGAGUGAAGCUCUCUCCGCCACAGAUGGAGCUGAUUCCAGAAACCACAACACAAAGAUAGAAAAGCCAUCUUCUCUGCAAGCUCAGAUUCCUGACACUCCUCAGUCUCCACAAAGAGAAGAAGCCAAAUUCAGAGGCAUCUGUGGCCUGCUUGAACUGGGCAUUAUUUCUUUACCAGGCAGCAGGGACAGGACAGGCAGAGCGGUUGUCGAGGUUCAUGGUGACCGGAGGGAGUGGAAGUCUCCUCUUGUUUCUGCUCAGAAUUUGUGCGAAUUGCUGCUCUACCUACACUCCAUACCAAGAAAAGAUGUCCGGGAGCUGGGAAUGACUCUGGUCAUCAAUGCCAAGAAGAAGCCUCCUCCACUUCACCUCUACAAAGCUCUGCUGAUGGCUCAGGAACAAGCUCUUCACGCAGUGCACUGUAUCGUGAUACUGAUGGAUAAAGACACUUUUCCACGCCCUGAAAAACAGCCCGGGCUGCAGAUGGACCUGGUGACGUCUAUGAAAGCUCUAAACAAGACAGUGGAAGCCGCCCAGCUGACACCCGACCUGGGCGGCACCUUCACGUACAGCCAUAAAGACUGGAUGCAGUUCCAUCAGAAACUGGUUUCCUUCAUGGGUGACUUACGUGGGGCAGACAGCUUGUUGCAAAAGGCCAUUAGUAAAGUGGAUGGCAGCAAACAGACGGACUCUGCCCAGGAUGUGCAGCAAUGCAUUCAGGAACAGAAAGCUUCGAUGAAAGAGGUACUGGAGGACACGCGACUGGUCACUCUGCAAAGAGAAGGAGGAGCUGCACUGGCCCGGAUGAGGAGAGAGGAGUUCAGGUUUCCUCACUCUGAAGACUAUAGAGAUGGUCUGGACUCAGUUACUAGUCUGUAUAAUCAGGUGGAGGAGAAGCUCCACGUGCUGGUGAUGAGAUCGAAUGAGUCACUGCAGCACCUCGAGUUCCUCUUCAGGCUCAGAGAGAUGGAGGCCAAAAUCACCACGGCUGGGGUGUGGUUCAAUACAGACGGAGAGCAGGGACUGGUGGACUCUUACACAACAGAUGAUACCCUGGUAUGCUCUGAAAAGGCCUUGCAACACUUUGAAGAGUUUCUCGCUCAGUCUAAGGACAAACAACAGCAUGCCUUAACCCUAGUGAUGGAUGCAGAGGGAAUCGUUGCCACCAGUGACUCCAGUCCUGCAACAGAUGUUUUUCGCACGCUGAUCAGUACAUUCAAAUCCAAUAUCGACGGUUUUAUGAUGCGGGCUGAAAUGAAGUUCAAAGAAGUGAAGACAGUGGUGCAACUGCAACGUUUCUGUCAUCAGGCAUCCAUCCUAGCCAAGGAAUGCAGGGAUAUUUUGGAGCAGGUAGAGCAGGGGUGUUACUCAGCUCAGACCUUAAGCACACUCCAGAUGUAUGAAAGGAGAUUAGGUGGCGAAUUCUCCACCUUGCACUUCCAGGCUCUGAAAGUGAAGGCCUGUGGAUCAGGGGCCUCUGGGGUGCUAAAGGUGUGGAAUGCUGCAUGGGUCCAGUGCCAAGAUGUCAGGCAGCGUCUGGAGGAGAUGCAAAAGCAGCACCGGGUAGAUAUGAAGCAGUCCCAGCAGAUCACAGCUGCAGAUUCUCAAAUGAAAGAUGGGGUAGCAGAGAGGGAGGAAAGGGAUGAGACGGGGGAGGAUUACUACCCCAUGGCAAAGCAGCCAACUUCUCCUAAGAGAGUAAGCUCCUCAGAAAAUGUGAGAGAAAACAUCACACCAGGUUUCAGCCACGAUUUAAAAUCAGACACAGAUGAAUACGUGAAAGGAGAAUCCCAAGUGAAGAAAUCGCCUGAUUCAACAGCAACGAAUGAGAACAUUGUUCCUGUGGUUCCACAAAACUGUGACGUUCACCCAGAAAACACAUGGAGGCCAAGAGAACACUACAGUGAGGCAGAUCUGAGGAGAGCAGAUCCUACUGAAGUGUGCAAGGGUUUGCAAUCGCACAAAGGCCUCGGUCGGUCCUUGAGCGAGGGAUCAUGCGUUAGAUCUCACUUGAUGAUCUUUUCACCUUUGAAUGUAAGGCACAAACACUGUCAGGGCAAGACACAGGUGCUGGAGCAAAAUCUACAGCCUUUCCAAAAUCUGUUCAUUUCCCGCAAAAAGAGUUUACAGACAGAAAACUUGAGCUGCAAGUCUUUUAGAGACAGUAACGAGGUGAAGGGAGAAGGAUGCACAGUCUCCACUCAGAGCCUCAAAGAACUAAAGACCCCGGAGACGUUACUCACACCAACAGAACACAACGGCAGCAGUGUUUUGAAGCUGAAGAAGAUCAUGGAGGAGCUGCUGACCACAGAGAAGGAAUAUGUGAAGGCUCUGGGUUAUGUCCGAGAGCACUACAUGCCCGAGCUGGAGAGGGCCGAUGUCCCUCAGGACCUCAGGGGCCAGAGGGGGAGCAUCUUCGGUAAUCUAGAAAAACUGCACGACUUCCACCAGCAUCAUUUCCUCAACGAGUUGGAGAGCUGCAUGAAUGAACCCUUCAGAGUGGGACGCUGCUUCCUACGACAUAGAGAGAGCUUUGCUUUGUAUGCCCUGUACAGCAAGAACAAACCACAGUCUGAUAGUCUUCUCGUCAAUCAUGGUCAGGCUUUCUUUAAGCAAAAACAGCUAAGGCUGGGGGAUAAAAUGGACCUGUGGUCGUACCUGCUGAAGCCGGUGCAGCGCAUCAGUAAGUACAGUUUGCUGCUCCAGGACAUGAUGAGAGAGUGUGGUCCAGGACAAAGCAGAGAGAUGGCUGAAGUCAAGGCUGCACUGGAAGUCAUCCACUUCCAACUCCGCCAUGGCAACGACCUACUGGCGAUGGACGCCAUCCACAACUGUGACGUUAAUCUGAAGGAGCAGGGGCAGCUGAUACGACAAGAUGAGUUCCUUAUAACAUUCAGAAAGAAAAGGUGUUGCCGCCACAUCUUCCUUUUUCAAGAUCUCAUCCUCUUCAGCAAAACUCGGAAGACGGAUGUAGGAAAUGACACAUAUGUGUACAAGCAGUCAUUCAAGACAUCAGACAUAGGAAUGACCCAAAACAGCGGUGACAGUGGCCUGUGUUUUGAGAUCUGGUUCAGGAAGAGAAAAACCCAGGACACGUACAUACUCCAGGCUGUCAGCAGCGAGGUGAAGGAGGCUUGGACCAAGGACCUGGAAAGGAUUCUCUGGGAGCAGGCGGUGCACAACAGAGAGGUCCGCAUGCAGGAGAGAGUGUUCAUGGGUAUUGGAAACAAGCCUUUCAUGGACAUCCAACCCAGCGACGCAGCUAUCAGUGACAGAGCUGUCAACUAUGUACUGAUGGGAAGAGAAAACAAAGUGCUGUGCUCUGUGGGAUCAGGUGGGGGACAGGAUGGACGGUCAGGGGGGCGUCCAGAAUCGGUGGGCUCAGCUUCCUCCACUUCCUCUGGAGAGAGCCAUGUUUCCCCUGUGGGAUUCCAGUGUGGGCCAAAGCGGAGGGUAGACAUGGGGGUGCUUGCGGGAUAUGUAUCGCCCCCUGGAGCUCUGGAGGAUGACCUCGACAAUGAGAGUGGGAGUCAGAACUUAGUAUUGGACAGCUCUGAGUCGUCCGGAGAGAGCGUGAGUGGCUUCAGCAGCUGCAGUCACGGCUACCACUCUGCCAUCGGAGGAGAAGUGGAGGACGCCUCCUCUGUCUGUGCCUCCAUAAUCACUGUGAAAGAGGCCGGGCUCGGUCAGCGAGCUGAGGCGACGUCAGCUCUCCACAAACCAAAUGUCCUGGCAGGAUCCCCAGACAAAACCCAAGCCCCAGAUGCAACAAAUCCUGAACUCAAACCACAGUACAAGACCAAGGACCUUUCUUGUGGCAAGGUUCAGAACACGAGUGUCGGGAAAUCCACUGAGGUUUGACCUUUGACAUCUGGUAUAAGAUCUUGAAGCGAUCCAAGGAGAGCCACGAGAAGCUCGUCCGAUGCCAGCACAGAAAAUACAAUUUAAACUGACCCUUUUGUUGUGUGAUCUGUGACUGUAACACAUUACUGCUCUGUAAAUAAUCCUUUUAAUGUCACCACUAAAAAGAAAAUGUCUGUGAAUGCAAACAAACAGUGCCACAUUCUUACCUGACAUGGCUCUGCGUAGUAGAUUGUAAAUUCAGUGAAUAGUUUCUUAGAGUCUGUGCUUACGUGUCAUUUAUAAAAACAAAACACCAAAUUAUACUGCAAUUUGAUAAUGUUGAGGUAAAAGCAGCACAUAACGUCUGUUUUGCUUUUUGUACAGUUUCAUUAUUUAGACACUUUCACUCUGUCUCUCCUCUUAACGGUUUUGUAUAAACCUAUGUUGCUCUGAAGAUAAAGAUCUGUGUAACAGUUGAAAUACAGAAUAUUUGCAGUAAUUUAUGCUUGUGUUGUACGACAUCAUUUUAUUGCAAUAAACCUAACCAACUGCACUUACAGAUGGACUGAAAAUCCUGAGCUUAGCAAUAGUUUCUGGAACUUUUCUAGAUUUGUCAACAUGCUUGGCACACGAUGGCAUUUGUAUCAUAAGGAAAAUCAAAGGCUAAUUCACUCUCAACAUUGUGACUUCUGUUGCUGCAGUAUGAAAAAAAAAACAACUUGUCCCCAAUUUAUGAAAGUUUAGUUUGGAAAUCAUUGAGUCAGUCAAAGUAAUACCACAGUCAGCUUUGUGAAUCAUGGUUAACUUAUCUUUAACCAUUGUUAUAAUCAUGCUUGCCCGUGUUACUGUAGUCACCUUUUUUAUAUUGCAUAGUGUUUUUUUUGUUAAUUUAAUCACAUUUUAAAAUGUCAAUUCUCUCUUGA